UAUAUAUAAAGCUCCAUUCUUCAACCUUAAAUAUAAGUAUAAAACAUCAAAUAUCAUAAGAAAAAUACAAAAAAAAAUAUAUAUAUAUAAAUGGCAACUCUUGAGAAAGAAGGAAGAAAGUCUGGUGUUUUAGGUGGUAGCAAUCGAAUAGUUGCCAUUGCAACGUCUCCUAAUAAUAAUGUUGAUUUAGUUCUUGAUAAUGGUCCGCCUUCGCUCUCUCCAAGCAAACACUUUGAUGAAGCUCCAACUAAUAAGGAACCUGGGUGGAAAAAGUUCUUAUCAUUUGUUGGUCCUGGCUUCCUGGUUUCCUUGGCUUAUCUUGAUCCUGGCAAUAUGGAAACCGACUUGCAAGCAGGAGCUAAUCAUCGAUUCUCGCUUCUAUGGGUGAUUCUUAUUGGAUUGAUUUUUGCUUUGAUUAUCCAAUCUCUAGCAGCAAAUCUUGGUGUGACCACUGGUAAACACUUGGCUGAGCAUUGCAAAGCAGAGUACCCUGUAGUAGUGAAGUAUUGCUUAUGGAUGCUAGCAGAAGUAGCAGUAAUAGCAGCCGAUAUACCGGAAGUCAUUGGCACCGCCUUCGCAUUGAACAUCCUCUUUCAUAUUCCUGUUUGGGCUGGUGUUCUUCUCACUGGUUUAAGCACUCUCCUACUCCUUGGACUUCAAAAAUAUGGGAUAAGGAAGUUGGAAUUGUUGAUAGCAAUAUUAGUGCUUAUAAUGGGAGCUUGCUUCUUUGGAGAGAUGGGUUAUGUGAAGCCGCCAAUAAAAGAUGUGGUUGAGGGCAUGUUUAUUCCUAAGCUUCAAGGCCAGGACGCCACUGCUGAUUCCAUCGCGCUGCUAGGUGCUCUUGUUAUGCCGCACAACUUGUUUCUACAUUCAGCCCUUGUGUUAUCCAGAAAAGUAACCAUGUCUACGAAAGGCAUUAACCAAGCAUGUAGAUACUUCUUAUUAGAGAGUGGUUUUGCUUUAUUUAUCGCGUUUUGGAUCAACGUAGCCAUUAUAUCAGUAUCUGGCACAGUUUGUUCAAGCAACAAUCUCACACAACUAGAGGCACAACAAUGCAGUGGCUUAACCCUUAACAAUGCUUCAAUCCUCCUUCAAAAUGUCUUAGGCCGAAAAACUGCCGCGAUUUUCUAUGGCAUUGCUCUCUUUGCUUCGGGACAAAGCUCUACCAUCACUGGGACUUAUGCUGGCCAAUAUAUUAUGCAGGGAUUUUUGGACCUUAAAAUGAAAUCAUGGUUAAGGAAUUUAGUUACUCGAUUGGUGGCUAUUACGCCAAGCCUAAUAGUUUCUAUCAUCGGAGGAUCAGCAGGAGCUGGGAAACUCAUUAUUAUUGCCUCGAUGAUAUUAUCAUUUGAGCUUCCAUUUGCUUUGAUUCCACUCCUCAAGUUUAGCAGUAGUUCUACCAAGAUGGGACCUCACAAGAACUCCAAUGUUAUUAUUGUCAUCUCAUGGAUUUUGGGACUCGGAAUAAUUGGCAUCAACAUCUAUUACUUGAUCACGGCCUUCAUUGGGUGGUUGCUACACAAUAACUUACCUAAAGUGGGUAACGUGUUCAUGGGAAUCGUCGUGUUUCCAUUGAUUGCUAUCUAUAUCUUAUCGGUCAUCUAUCUCAUGGUAAGAAAAGAUCGGGUUGAAACUUUUAUCGACCCUACAAAUGUUGUUCAGAAAGAGGACGAUCUAGCUAAUGUCUCGCUACCAUAGUUUGCAACUUAUAUAUGGCUUUGAAAAUGUCUAUGUUUGAAUUGUGUAACGUAACGCAAAUGUAUGUAGCAAAUUUCUUGACGUGCUAAUUUUACUGGUAAGAUCUUUGAGAAAUGCUAAGCGGGGAAAUUAAGUGUCACCUUGACGUGAUGGAAGUUAUCGAUUCGAGCCUAAUCAUCCCCAAGCUAUGUCCUCCAAAUUCAUGCGUAUGAUAAGCAUGCUAUCAUUUGUUCUCUAAUAGAAAUGAACCCUAAAAAACAAAUGGAAUAUUGCUUGCAUGUUUUUACUUAUACUUGUAUUACUUAGAGUAGGUUUCUUGAUGACCUAUAAGAGUUGAAACCUUCGUAUUUUCAUGAAUUAUCUGAGAUAAUAAUACUUAUCAUCAAUGUUUGAGAA